AUGUCUCUUCUGAGUGCACGUACGGUAGAGGUCUUGAUGGCACAGCUACUCGUGGAGACGCGGAAUCUCCGCACCAGCUCGGUGGACCGUGAUAGCCCUCGCAGACAUGCCGCCAUCGCCCUUCUGGACCAAGUCGUUGGAGGUCUCUUUGAGACAAUUGCAAACGUCCAAACUGUCCACAAUUCAUUGUGUGCGAUCAAUCGCUUGCCUCCAGAGGUGCUCUGCGCCAUAUUUUCUGCAGUCCUCGCUGCUCCAAAAGACGAACACGAUGAAGACCCAUAUUUUCCAGACAGUUAUCUGGAUCACCGACUAUACACACUAUUGGCAGUAUGUCGGCUCUGGAUGGACGCCGCUCUCAACUGUCCUACCCUGUGGGCGAAUCUCAUUGUCUACGAAGCUUCGUCUCGCGAGGUUCUUGAACACAAGCUGGCAAGGACGGGCGUCGUGCCGCUACGCGUGAGCCUGUAUGGUGGAUCGCGUCUCUGGUCGUGUCUUGCUGGCGUCAUGCCUAGGAUUCAAUGUCUCCACACUAUCAUCAAUCCGAUGUUGCAGGAACACCUCGACUUGCUCGACUCCCCAGCUCCAUCACUAGAGCGUCUAUGCCUAGAAGUUCCAACUCGUGGCGACUUUCGAUCAGUAUUGUUUCAAUCACAGGCGUUGCAUUUACAGCGGCUUUCCCUCAAUCGUCACGCUCCAUGGCCUUCCAACCGAUUCCCCAAUCUGACACACCUCUAUGUUCGGGAUUGGUGUGGAUACGGAUCACAGGAUUUAGAUCAUUUUCUAGAGUUCCUACAGGAAAGUCCGAAGCUGGAGGAGAUGAUUUUAGAAAGGGCAGGCUACCCUGGAUCAACUUUGGAGUCCACCUCUCGUAGCAUCGAGAUGCCCUGUUUACGGUCCCUGAUACUCCGCGAAUGCCAUUCCAUCAUCGUUUCUGUUGUCCUUGAACGUCUCCAACUACUGGAAAGCGCUACCGUGCAGAUCUCGCGAAUCCGGGGAUUCACGACGGCAUGGGAGACAAUUUCCCAGCUCUCUCCAGAGGCAGGUUUCCUGCAACGAUCACGCGAACCUACCGCAUUGUCCAUUUGGGUGCUAGACGAUCGGUUCUCGUUCAAAUCGUCUGAUUCAACGCGGUCUGUCACUGUUGAUAUCGGCUUUGACUUCCACCCCGAGGACAAGGACUGUCGACAUUUGGCCGACAUGUUCAUCAUGCGUCUUCUCAAUGUCCUUAGUCUAGGUGCCGUCCGUGAUCUUACAAUCCACGUUGACACCCUGGCGCCACUACAGCCGGAGCUGAUACUGUUUAUUCUUCUUUCCACGAAUGCCGCGACCAACUGCACGAUCGGGAUUAGCCAAAGACAAGGUCGCAAGUUCUGGCGCGCGUGCCUUGGCUCCGAGAAAGUCGUUCCUCUUCCCUGCCUUCAGUCGCUGCGGUUCGUUGGUAAAUUCGCAUCAUCCCAAAAGCCUUGGUGGGCCGUGGGCAUCGCUAUCGGCCGUGCGAAGCGUGGAUACCGGUUGCAUGGAUUGCAAUGCUCUAUGGUCUCGCCUUUGACGGACCCUGCUAUUAUACACUGGAACACGGACACUCUCAAAAUCGGUGGACAACGCGCUCUCGAUUUCAUGGACAACCUACGCUUCGAAGCUCUCGAUGGUAAUCCUUUGGGGCCACCUUGUGUAGAGUACUGGGAUGGGGCUGUCUAG